AGAUUCUAUAAAUUCCCCCCUUGUUCAUUCAUCAUUCUCGUACACAAAUCCUUAUUUACUAUCAAUAAUGGAGAUUACUCCGAAAUUUUCUCGCCUUCUACAUUUCUCUAUCUUGUUUCUCUCACUCUUCACCUUCUCUACGUCUACUGACUUCCCAAUCUGCAACACCCACGACCAAACCGUCCUCCUAAAAAUCCGAGAUCAUUUUGGCGGCCCUAACGGCCGCCUCUCGGACUGGGAUAACAACACAAAUUGCUGUUCAGAUUGGAACUUCGUAGGGUGUGGUACAGACGGCAAAGAAUAUGGUCGCGUUGACACAGUCACAUUCAGUCGCUCCUGGGGUCUUUCGGGCACUAUACCUUCAGAUUUCGGUAACCUGCCUUUCCUCAGCUUCUUCAUUUUAGCAGAUAACAUUGACGUCAAGGGAACUAUCCCCAAGUCCCUUGCCAAGCUCAAAAAACUAUAUCACCUCGAUCUCGGCAUGAACAGCUUAACCGGACCUAUUCCUGAAGAGAUCUUCAAGUUAAAGAGCCUCAAAGUAGUCGAUCUCUCCUCGAAUCAUUUAUCCGGAGUGAUUCCAUCGUCGGUCUCGGCGUUGUCGUCACUUUCGGAGUUCAAUGUCUCCCAUAAUAAGCUCACUGGCUCGUUGCCUCCGUUGUCUAAGAGCUUGAAGAGCCUUGAUGUGAGUUAUAAUCAGCUUUGUGGUGCUAUCCCGAGUGGGCUGAAGCGUUUUAGUCGGGGAAGAUUUGCGCACAACAAGUGCUUAUGUGGUCCUCCUUUGGCUGCUUGCAAAUGACAUUAGAGUUGAACACGGCCGUUUGAAUGAUGCGAGCAAAUAAACUGUUUGGGCCGCGUCCUCGUAGACAUGGCUUAAGUUUGUGAUUUAAUGAAUUUCUCAUGUAACCCCAGAAAAAAAGAAAAAUGGUUCUUUCUUUUUUUUUUUUAUCCUUAUCGAAGUAAAAUAAUUCCAUGAUCCCCUACACUCUAAUUAAAUUGAGUGAGUUUAGAUUUGUCUUCAGUUGAAAGCAAAAGUUGUUUAUUAUGAGAAAGUACUUUUUCCAUUUCACUUUGUAAAGGGAAGGUGUAAAAUAGAUUUUUCUCAACUUAAA